AUGGCGCUGCAUAUUCUAGAUGCCGCGGAGCGACUACACGAGGAAGACGAGGGAGAUGAUCUGGCGUCCAUUUUUACAUACGAUCGGAUCGGUAACAACGGGCUCCAUCUCGCCGAUAUCCGCGACUUUCUCGACGUCUACGAUUUCGCGCUGCGCAAAUACACGGCGGUUCACGAGGGGAAGUAG